AGCGGCACACGUACUUACACUUGAGACCUCAAAAGCUCCACAUAAAAAAUAAAAACAAACAACCACACACACAUACGAGAAGCAAAACAAAAACGAGAAAAUUAGAUAAUUAAAAGAGGAAAAGAAAAAAUCCCAAAUUGUUGAAGAUGGGAUCGGUUGAUUCAGAAUUGGAUUCAAUUUUUCCUGAUAAAAAGACCCACCGUAAUCGUCUUGUUCCGAUUGGUGCAUUUCUCACCGCGGGAGUGCUCACUGCUGGACUCAUUAGUUUCAAGCGGGGAAAUUCUCAAUUAGGUCAGCAACUAAUGAGAGCUAGAGUUCUUGUUCAAGGUGGUACAGUUGCGCUGAUGGUCGGGUCAGCGUAUUACUACGGAGAUAGUUUUAAGCGUGCUGGGUGACUGACUGCCAGAAGACGUCUGUGGACUUCCUUAUUUGCCUGUCACAAAAGUUGAUUUCUGCAGGGAAAAAGGAUUCCAUAUCUUGCUAGGAGGCAGUUCUUUUCAUGGCUGCAAUUGCCACCCCCACCAUACAGGAAAAAAGGAGAGGAAAAUAAAUAACAGAGUGACAAUAAUGCUGUUUUUUUGUUUUUAUUAAUUAAGGGGUUUUUUAUUUGAUGUUAGUUGAAAUUGACAAGCUUUUGAGGAUCCAAACAAAGAAAGAAAGCUCUUAUUGUCUAGCACUAUUAUUUAGUAUAUAGUGUCUCACGUUGGAUAUAAAAAGGUUUUUGUGAAAAAUUUUACCUAUAUUUCCUUAGGUGUUGAGUUGAAUGUUUAAAUUCUUUACAAUUGUUUUAAGCUUUUUAUGAUGGAUUAGAGAAGAUAUGCUUUAUUAUGAUACUUCUUUCUGACUUAACCACAUUGAA